AUGACUUGCAAGACAUAUAAAUCGUUUAACCCGUGUUUCGUUUUCAUAUUAAGUUAUUUGCUUUUUAGAGUUGAAUCAUUUACUCCAGUAGGACGUUUUGCUCAAUCCUCUGUUCUUGUUGAAAACAAACUUUAUUUUUUUGGUGGUUUUAAUGGCGAAUCUUGCAGUAAUGAAGUUUUUUAUCUUGAUGUAUCUCAAAAAUUUGAUUCAGAAUUUCCGCUAUGGACGGAUCUAACGUUAAAUUCAGGAAUAGGUUUUAAGAGUUGUUGGUCAACUACUGUACUAACUAACAAUGAUAAUAACCCGACUAUAUAUCUAAUCGGAGGGUUAAUGCUAAACCAAAAGAAUGAAGAAGCAUUCACUUCGCUGGUAUAUUCAUUCAAUCCAAAAUCGGGACAAUGGAAUAUGCCUAUAAUCAAAGGAAAUAUGCUAGAAAGUCAUAGAAAUUUUGAAGCUAUUGCUGAUGACAGUGGAAAUAUAUAUUGCUUUGGAGGAAUUUUAGCUAAUCUUAUAGGAAAUAUUAAAUUUUAUGAUAAUAUGAUUAUAUUGAAUACCAGGGAUUUAACAUGGACAUAUAGUUCUGUCGUGAAUGCACCUCCAAAUAGAGAUAUUUAUACUGCAACAUUAUUAUUAGAUGGGAGGAUCGUAUAUAUCGGAGGUCGUGAAAUGACUAAUAAUGAACUUGAUGUGGAUAUUAAUCAAAUAAACAUUUAUGAUACGAAACUCAACGUUUGGUCCACAAUUAAUAUUGCUGUUGCUUUAGCAAUACUAUUAAUGUAA